GAUCAGAGGGUUUUACUUUUGUGUAUUGGUCCUCUCCUAAUUUAGGGUUUUAGCAAUCUUCAUCUUCUUGCUCAUCCCCAAAAGACCUCACCGCCGUUUGUUUAGUCACCCUUCCUCUGAGCCUCGCCGAUUAAUCUCUCCCAGAACCGUUCCAGAUGAGGAAGCUCAAGCGCCACGAGAAGGUGCUUCUGAAGAAAACUAAUUUCUUAGAAUGGAAAAGAGAGGAUGGGCAACGGGAAAACGAGAUUACGUAUCGAUACCAUAUGGGCUCUCGUGACGAUUACAAAAAAUAUUCAGGACUGUGUAGGAUGGUGCAGAAACUGACGAAUAUAAUGAAACAACUGGAUGCAGCUGAUCCUUUUCGGAUUCAGAUGACUGAUAUGCUGUUGGAGAAGCUAUAUAACAUGGGUGUUAUACCAACUAGGAAGAGCUUGGCUUUAACUGAUCGGUUAUCAGUUUCAUCCUUCUGUCGGCGUAGGCUAUCGACCGUGCUGGUUCACCUGAAGUUUGCAGAGCACAACAAAGAAGCGGUGACAUACAUAGAGCAAGGACACAUUCGUGUAGGUCCAGAUACAAUUACGGAUCCAGCUUUCUUAGUAACUAGGAACAUGGAAGAUUUCAUCACCUGGGUUGAUUCAUCCAAGAUUAAACGAAAGGUGCUUCAGUACAAUGACAAAUUGGAUGAUUAUGACAUGAUUGCUUAACUUUGAGGAAGUGAAAACCAAAGCAAGACUCCAAUGUUUUGUAAAAGCCAAGUAAGGUUGAGUGCUACUAUUCCAGGGUUUGGAUUUUUGGUUUAUGUAUGUGGUGCUGCUACUAUGCCCUUGUUCUUUUUUAAUUUUGAACUAUUGUUUACUUUUAAAAAGGUAUAAGAAAAAUUCCAUUAUAUAUUA